AUGGAAUUAGCAUUGGUGAUCAAGAUGUUCCUCUCCCUGAUGGGAUUUUUAGCACAACUUAUACAAUGCUUCGAUCAGAAGCAUAUGACGUAUUCGUCACGGCACUGCAAAAAGCCAUGUGCUUGCUGCAAAGGAGAGAUCCGAUGGAAUGGUUUGAGCAGUGUUUCGAGGGAAGUUUUGCGGACUCUGCAGGACCAGAUGUCCAGUGAAAAGUUGUCCACGUUUGGAAAUAUUCAGCAGCGGAACUAUUUUGUUGGUUAUGACCUUGAACAAAGAGUGGUUUCGUUUGCUCCGGUUGACUGUGCUACCUUCUGA